CAAGAACAAGAAGAUCACAGUCAAAAGGUGCUACUUACUAUACACGCACAAAAAUACAUCGAGCACCAUGGCAUCUCCAACCCGUCAGGCACCAGCACCGCCACCCUUCCUCGUUACUCCCAUCAUGCUGAUGCUGUGGCUGCUGCUCGCUUCCUCGCACACGCGCGGCGCCAUGGCCGCGACGCCCAACACGGAGGCGCUCUCGGUGCUGUGCAAUGGCGCGUCCUACGGCGCCGGGGACCCCUUCGCGACGAGCCUAACGUUCGUGCUGUCGGAGCUGUUGUCCGCCACGCCGGUCCGGGCAGGCCACGACUUCUACGACAUCUCCCCGUACCCGGCCGCCUUCGCGUACGGGCACGCCGCGUGCCGGGCGGCGCUGUCCGCCGCGGACUGCGCUGCCUGCCUCCGCUCCGCCGUGAGCCAGAUGGACGCCUCCUGCGGGUACAGCGUCGGUGCCAGGGCCGUGCUCGUGGACUGCAGCGUGCGCUACGAGCAGUACGCGUUCGUGGAUUGAUUCGUCAGUAGAUUUCUAGCUCCUUUCGAUUUGUAUGUAGUUCUGUGUGGUUUGGUUUCUCGCGUUGGUGUUGCUGCCCAAAUGUAUGCUCGCGCGCAGGUGAUUUGCCAAACCC